AUACUCGAACUUUUCCCAACAAAGGAUACGUUUCCUUCGCAGAACUUACGAGUGGCACGUUUUGAAGAGGAUGCUGGCGCAGAUGGAGAGCCGCCACUUGUGCGCAUGAAAGCAGCAGGUGAAGACACAGGGACUGACCACUCAAGUAGCGCAGAUCUUAAGCAACAGGAAGCCGUCAACAACCCACUUUCAGUACACUCAACGACUGAGCCAGAGGAGCAAGAAGAGGGGGCCGGGGACAGCAUCAGCAUCAGCGCCGGAACUUCAGCCACACAUGACCCCUCGCCUCACAAACGGCGGCGCUCGGAUCACGGUUGCGCCAAGCCGCGACGCGCCAGGACUGCCUUCACAUACGAACAACUGGUGGCCCUGGAGAACAAAUUCCGCUCUACGAAAUACCUGUCAGUGUGUGACAGACUCAACCUGGCUCUGUCCCUUAGCCUCACCGAGACGCAGGUCAAGAUCUGGUUCCAGAACAGAAGAACCAAGUGGAAGAAACAAAACCCGGGCGCGGACAACACGAUGUCGCCUGGGGCGAAUUCUUUGGUCAGCGUCAACCCAUGUCCUGUGACUUGUGUCUCGAGUUCAGCCAGUUACCAAACUUUCCCGUCCUUCAGCUCUGGGAAUAUGAUCUUCCAUACUGCCGCUGUUCCGUUGUCGUCCACAGGAGGGCUGUUACAUCACUUCUUGCCCAAUGGGUAUCAUUUCCAGCCGUCCUACUUUACCCCACAUUUAUGAGACCUGACCUACUUCGUCUAUGGUGAUUUGAGGAUGGACACACCGAGAUAGGAUUUUAACUAGGUAUUGGACUCUCUCUCACAAAAGUGUAAUUUUUAACACUGUCUGUUGAAGAUGUCAUGACAGACAUUAGUCUGCACCCUCAAAUGAUAACCAGAAGAAUAACUUCAGACUCUUCCCACUGGGCAAAAACUGGUUGAAUCAAUGUUGUUUCCAUGUCAUUUCAACUCCCGCAAAAUCAAUGCGAUGACAUUGAAUUAACACGGAAAACUGAUUGGAUUUGCAAAAAGUCAUCAACACAAGGGAAUUUCGUCCUUUUUUCACUCAACCUUUUAACCUAAAUCCAAUGACCAGGUCACAUUUUUGGUUGAUUUCAAGUUGAAUUCACAUUAGUUGGCAACUCAACAAAAUGUAAAUCAAAACUAGACGUUGAACUGACCUCUGUGCCCAGUGGGUUGUUCGAUGAUGGAGAGAAAUGUCGGGACAGAGCCUUUUCUGGCACAUGGGUGGUGAACAAGACUAUUUGUCUUUACUGUAUCUGAUGAUGUACACCAACAGUCCAUGUGGAGAUCUUGCUGUACAGCUGCUUAUCAUGGAGGGCCAAAUAAAUAUGCAAACCCGCUGCAUGCAGAUAUCUACAUAAUUAAGAUCCUUCAGUGUAUGUAGGAACUGUAGAGAUUGUUGGCCUGCCAUAAUGAACUUAACCAAUAUCCCGUUUUCUCUAUCCCUGUAUUUGACUCUAUCUGGAGCAGAAUGUGGCAUGAUACAAACCAUCUCUUCGUACUGUAUGUUUGGGUCUGUCACUCACAGGAUUUCACUGUUCAUAU